GCGCUCAACCAGAGGCGAGUCACGUGGAGCAGGACGUCAUUUGACUAUCUGCGCCCUAUUAACCUUUUGCCUUCCAUUCCAAAACACAGACGAAGAUGGCGGAGGAGCGACAGAAACUUUUGGACGAGGAAGGGGAUGUCUCUUCUUCAGGUCCCAGAAAUGAAAGCAGACCGGUCAAACCGAUGUCCGCGCUCUGUGACCCGAGACGACUGCUUCAUCGCAUUUUCGUCCUGCUUUUUAUGUGCUUUCUCGGAUUCGGAAGUUACUUCUGUUAUGAUAACCCCGCUGCUUUGCAGACUCAAGUCAUACAGGACAUGAAGCUGAACACAUCCAUGUUCAUGCAGCUCUAUGCCUGGUACUCCUGGCCCAACGUGGUGCUCUGUUUCCUGGGGGGCUUCCUGCUCGACAGGGUCUUUGGCAUCAGGCUAGGAACGAUAAUCUUCGCCUUGUUUGUCUGCGUUGGACAGGUUAUAGUUGCUGUUGGGGCACUUCUAGAUCUAUUCUGGUUAAUGGAGAUUGGACGCUUUGUGUUUGGGAUCGGCGGUGAGUCCCUGGCGGUGGCCCAGAACACCUAUGCAGUGAACUGGUUCAAAGGGAAGGAACUCAACCUGGUGUUUGGUCUUCAGCUCAGCAUGGCCAGGCUGGGUAGCACGGUCAACAUGAACAUCAUGGGCUCGGUGUACAACCGUGUCGCUGACCUGGUAGGCUCGACAGGACACACCACUCUGGGAGUCUCACUCAUGAUCGCUGGGGUGACCUGUAUAUUCUCUCUGGUUUGUGCUCUGGUGUUGGGCUACCUGGACAAGCGAGCCGAGAGGAUCCUCAACAAGGAACAGGGAGGGACCGGGGAAGUGAUCAAGCUGACGGAUGUGAAGGACUUUCCCUUCCAACUGUGGCUCAUCUUCAUCAUCUGUGUGGGUUACUACGUGGCCAUCUUCCCCUUCAUCGGAUUGGGACAGGUUUUCUUCAUCGAAAAGUUCAACUUCUCACCACCUGAGGCAAGAGCAAUCAACAGUAUUGUGUACAUCAUCUCGGCCCCAGCCUCUCCUGUGUUGGGCUUCAUGGUGGACAGGAUAGGGAAGAACGUAAUGUGGGUGAUGUAUGCCGUCUUCACGACGCUCAUAGCCCACAUGAUGCUCGCCUUCACCUUCUGGAACCCCUGGAUCGCCAUGUCCCUGUUGGGUGUGUCCUACUCCCUGCUGGCCUGUGCCCUGUGGCCCAUGGUGGCCUUCGUGGUGCCAGAGCAUCAGCUGGGGACAGCCUAUGGCUUCAUGCAGUCCAUCCAGAACCUGGGCCUGGCUCUGAUCUCCAUGGCUGCAGGAUCUAUUCUGGACAACAAGGGAUACCUCUUCCUGGAGGUCUUCUUCAGCGCCUGUGUCUGCUUGGCACUGAUCGCAGUAGUGAUGCUGUACUUUGUUGAUUAUCUACGAGGAGGAGAUCUGAACCUCUCAGCCUCUGCCAGGGCCAAACUCCUGAAGUGCUCCAAUUCAGAUUCAGAGUGAGAGGUCACACAGUCCUGGGCCACAGCUGUCAAUCACCCCCUAGGGAGCCUACUGACUCCUCCCAUCUGCACACUGACCCAUUCCUGCAAUGUAACUGACCCCUCCCACCAACAUACUGACCCCUCUGAUCUGACAUCACAUACCGACUCGUCCUCCCCGCCUCACUGACUCCUCCCUCCCGUGGCUGUGUGAGGGCUGGCUAAUGACUGACUGGUGUUUGUGUGCAUGCUUUGGAACCUCAAACCUCAGCACCAAUCAUACUUUAAUGUCAGUAGUGGGGUACCAGAAAGCACUUUAAGCUGACUUUUAAGGGUUUUUAAAUGUCUUUGGAACUAGGCCCCAGGCUGAGUGACUUUUACUUCAGGGAUGUAAAGUUAUUCACUGAUAAUGCACGUGUGGAUGUGCCUUAUUGCUUAGUAAAAUCACCUACGCUAUAAGAGGUGAACUGGUUCAAUAUUCUUAGAACAAAAUCUUUGAAGCAUCUCUCUAAAACCAGGGUGUUAGGACUUAAUUGUCCAUCAAUGUUAUAUUAUGCAUGUUUUGAUAAAUGUAUAUUGUUCAGAAAGGUCUUUACAUUUUUACUUUAAGUUUUUGAUCAUCUGAAACAAACAGUUCGUAUGCUUUACUUCUAAACGCCCAUAAAUGAAUAAUCUGUGUAAUCAUCAUGAAGACAAUGUCAUCAAACUGGCAACGCAAAACCAGCCCAUGUCCUUCCCCGGCUUUUACAUACAGUGAGGUCAUUCUCAAUAGUAAUCAUAUCCGCAUCAUCUAGUUUGACAGAUUUAUGCUGGAGGAUUUUAGAAUCUGCAUUGUGUUAAAUUCUUUAUAGCGCCGUUCCUUCAUUAAAUUCCUUUUCUCUUGGCUCGUCGUAUAGGCUCGUAAAACUUUACUCUCUGUCACACCAUCAAGGCUAAGGCAGACCUUGUCAAAGUGAUAAAGGAAUUUAAAGGGGAAACAUUUUUGAUAGUAUUCACCCAAUGUAUAAUUACGUUCCAUUUCUUAACUUUUAACUCAAAUUUUGAAUGCAGCAGUUUUACAGUGACCUUCAUGAAAAUGACCUGGCUUAUGGGUAAGAAGGAGAACUUUUAAGAAACCUAUAACAUUGGUAAAGGGGGAUACCUAGUCAGUUAUACAACUGAAUGUAUUCAACUGAAAUGUAUCUUCUGCAUUCCUCUGAAUCAGAGGGGUGUGUGGGGCUGCCAAAACAUUGGCGAUGGGGUGGAAACCCUCUUUGCUGUACAACUGAAUGAAGGAUACAUGUUUUUGUUGUUGAUAUUUAUUGACCAACCUCAGGAAAUUGCCGAAAAACACUUUCAUGUGUUGAAAACCACUAAAUCAAAUGAUAAUUCUGUCAAUCACUUUUGAUAGUUUUUCUAUUGUAAUGAAUGAUUUCUUCAAAUUCUUUAACCCUGAAUCAGUUUUCUGCAGGACAUCGCGAGCUUUAACUAAGUGGCUUGCCGUAGCAUAUUAUUAGGUCAAAUAUUGUAGUGGAGGAAGCCGAUCCAUAUACCACUAAAGUUGUGAUGGCUGUUUGUUUGUAUUUGUUAGCUGCAGAAUAGUCUCUGUGUAAAUUGUACUGAGUGCUGUUUGUUUAGAGUUGAUCUCUCUAGCAAACUUCUAACAGCUCUAAAUAACAUGUGUUCUAUGGGUACUACUGCAUAGAGCAAAGAUCUCCAACCCUGUUCCUGGAGAGAAAUUCAUCAUUUCAAUUUUUUGCAAUUAAAAAAAUGACCUCAAACUCCAUGUUAUUUUAGGCAAUUUUAAAUUGCCACAGUUAAAAUGUUAUAAAUGAAUUUCAAAUAAAAAGAAAUGCAUGUUUUUAUUACA